CAAAGUCAGAUUAUUUACAAUCCUGUAUUGUUAAUUUGUUGGUGUAAUGUAAGAUAAUAAAUAGUUUUAGGAAAAAACGAAAAUGGACAUCAACAGUUAUCAUGUAUUCUUCUUUCUGUUCUUACAUUCAUUAACCAUAUUAAAAGCUGAUACAUCUAUCAGAGAACCUAUUAAUUUAGAGUUAUUGCUAGCUAGAACGGGGGAAGGAUAUUUGACCUCAUUUCCUGAGGAAUGUUCCACAAUAUUGAAUAGAUUUGCUGAUGCCUCGUCUAACUUUACAAAAUGUUCAAUAUUGCAUGCAAGACCAAUCAGAAUUUGCUCCCGUUGCAUUGAGCAAUAUAUGCAAUUUAAAACUAUAUACGACGAGCUACUAACCACUAUUGUAAAUGGAACUUCAUGCAAAUCAAUAUUUAUUUCUCAUGAUAGGCUUGAUGCUGUUUUAGAAUACCAUGACAAUAUAUUAAGUAUCUGGGACAAAGGACAUUGCAACACCUGUUUUAACUGGUCAGAUAAAGUGCCAGUGUUAUCAAAUGAAACAAAACUCUUUAAUGAGAAGUUUAAUGAGACUAUGGCAUGUAUUAUGAAGUACAUUGACCCCUCUACAAAUGAUACUCAGCCCGUCUGUGAAAACUGCAUGCAGUCUUACAUACAGCUGGACAAUUAUUAUAAAACCCUCAGUGAUGAUGCAAUUGGAGUUGACAGUAUAUGCAUGGAUGUUGUGGACUCUAUGAAUGCUACUAGAUCAAUAUGGAGUAAAACUUUGAAUUGUUGUAAAAUAAGAAGAACACCAGAGAUCAUAUUUUUAUGCUGCACGGGUAUAAUAUCAGCGUUGCCAAUAUUUUAUUAUCUUGUCCUGAGAUAUUUCAGCCCAAUGAGGGAUUUGCCAAAUGUACUGAAGCAGUCCAGAUUCAAACAAACAAUAUUGAGAUCUCUUGGAAGAACAAAUUAAGAAGCAGAACAAAUAAAAGUCUAUGUAACAAUUAACACAUAAUGUAUUUACAAUUGACCAAAGAAAUAAAAACUUUAAUUAAUUAAAAUUGGGUCUAACUGAUAAGUACGGAAAAUUUAGGUACAUAAAAACAGGUUUAAGUAA